UACGCAUAUCAAAUGGUGCUCGUCGAAAGUUUACUACAGGUGAAAUGGUGAACUUGAUAUCAGUAGAUGCUGGUCGAUUUGUUGAUCUAUUAUCGUUCUCGUAUUUAUUCAUUUCGACUCCACUGCAAAUCGUGUUGUCGAUAUAUUUUUUGUGGCAAAUUUUAGGUCCCAGUGUAUUAGCCAGUUUAUUCGUCAUGGUUAUUUCAAUUCUUAUCAACAGCUGCAUCGGUUCCCGGAUAAAGUCAUUGCAGUAUGAACAAAUGAAGAAAAAGGACGAUCGAAUUAAAUUAAUGAACCAAAUACUCUCUGGAAUCAAAGUUUUGAAGUUAUACGCAUGGGAACCUAGUUUUGAAAAACUAGUCUUAUCAAUUCGAAAUGACGAGGUUGAUUUAUUGAAGAAACAAGCGUAUUUAACCGGCAUAGGAACCUUCAUUUGGGACACCGCAUCGUUUCUGGUUUACGUCGUUACUUUCGCCGCGUACGUAUUAUCUAACGAAAAAAACGUACUAAAUGCAAAAAUUGUUUUCGUGUCUUUGGCGUUAUUCAAUAUUUUAAAAAUACCAUUUUUAACGAUAUCGCCAAUGAUGACAAAUUUGGUUCAGAGUAGUGUUUCAAUUAAACGAAUUAAUAAAUUUUUAAAUUGCGAAGAUUUGAGCCCUAAUGUUGUAACGCAUGAUGACAGAGCUGAAGCUCUGGUCAUCGAACAUGGAUCAUUUUCAUGGGUAGGAAGUGAAGCAUUAGCUGUUCUACAAAACAUAAAUGUGAAAAUUAAUCAAGGAGCUUUGGUAGCUAUCGUUGGACCAGUUGGUUCCGGUAAAAGCUCGUUACUCUCUGCAUUUCUCGGUGAAAUGUAUAAAUUAUCUGGAGUUGUAAAUACCAGGGGUACGAUAGCUUAUGUACCUCAGGAAGCCUGGAUUCAGAAUACCACUGUAAAAGAUAACAUUACUUUCGGCGAAGCUGUCAAAGGCAGUUAUUACGACAGGGUGCUGGAAGCUUGUGCUUUGAAACCAGAUUUGGAAACAUUUCCUGGCGGCCAUUUAACAGAAAUUGGAGUCAAGGGAAUAAAUUUGAGCGGUGGUCAGAAGCAAAGACUCAGUUUGGCCAGAGCGGUGUAUUAUGGAGCUGACGUGUAUCUUUUAGAUGAUCCUUUGAGUGCAGUAGAUUCGCAAGUUGGUAAACAUGUAUUCGAACGAGUGAUUGGUCCGAAUGGAUUACUGAAAAAUAAAACUCGUGUCUUGGUAACUCACAGCGUCACACAUUUGUCCAAAGUUGACUUCAUCGUCGUAAUUAAAGAUGGCACUAUUUCUGAAUGCGGCACGUUCCAGGAAUUACUUGACAGUAAAGGGGAUUUCUCCGAGCUCUUGGUUACUUGUUUAGAAGAUAAUUUGGAAUCCAAUGUAGAAGAUUUAGGCGAAUUGAAAGAUAUUUUGGUGAAGAAAAAAGUAUCCUACGAAAAAUAUGCUGAACAAAAAUUGACCCAUUGUGAAACUGAUUUUGCAGCAUUUGAAAAUAAACGAAAAUCGGUCAGGUCCACGAAUUUCGGUAUCGAAGCAUCUGUAAGAAAAUGUUCAAGUAAACAAGGCAACGAGAUCAUUUCAGCUGGGCAGAAGUUAAUCGAAGUUGAACACACCGAAACAGGAAAUUCGAGUUGGGAUGUUUACGCCUAUUACAUACGUGCCACUGGAUAUCUCAUGACUUUUGGCAUAAUAAUCGUCAACUGUACUCUGCAAAUAUUAUCGUUCGCUUCGAGUAUGUGGUUGACUAAGUGGACCGAUGAUGCAAACGUCACUACUCCAGAAGGAACUCAAAAUAUUACUAAAACGGAUUUUUAUCUUUCGGUUUAUAUUUCAUUGGGAUUUACUAAAAGUGUUAUGGUAUUUCUGUCAGAUAUUGCUAUUCGAGUCGGUUGUUGCAUUAGUGCCAAAGUUCUGCAUAACUUAUUGUUACGCAAUAUCUUUCAUUUACCACUUUCAUUCAUGGACGUAACACCUGGUGGUCGUAUUUUAUCCAGAUUUUCCGGCGAUAUUGAUGUAGUAGAUUAUUCAUUUCCCGACCUGAUCACUGGAGUGUAUUUUUGCAUCGGCGAUGUCUUAUGCAACCUAUUCAUCAUCAGCUGCUGUACGCCAAUUUUUGUCACUGUGAUUUUACCUAUCACUGUACUUUAUUGUUUCGUUCAACGAUUCUAUGUAGCUGCGUCGAGACAGCUGAAACGGUUAGAAUCAAUAUCACGAUCCCCUCUGUAUUCGCAUUUCGUUGAAACUGUCGUUGGUGCGCAAUCGAUUCGAGCUUAUGGGCUCAAUGAAAAAUUCAUCAAGCAGUCGGAAGAAAAAGUGGACCAUAAUGACAAAAGUUACUACUUAAAUAUUAUUUCAAAUAGAUGGCUUUCAAUUCGUUCAGAAACUAUUAGCAAUCUUGUUAUAUUUUUCGCUGCUUUGUUUUCUGUGCUUGAAAGAGAUACUAUUAGUCCUGGAAUUGUCGGUUUAUCCGUGGGAUACACUCUUCAAAUUACUCUGACACUCAGUUGGUCAAUAUAUAAAAUUUCAAAUAUGGAAACAAGCAUAGUCUCAGUCGAAAGGAUCAAAGAAUACAGCGAAAAACCUCAAGAAGCUGCUUGGAAAAGAGCUAAUGAAUCUAUACCAAAAAAUUGGCCCUCAAGAGGUGAUAUAGACUUUCAAGAUUUCAAAGUCAGAUACCGAAAAGGUUUGGAAUUGGCCUUGAAAGGUAUUACUUUCUCCGUACACGAUGGUCAAAAGGUUGGUAUCGUUGGUAGAACUGGUGCUGGUAAAUCAUCGUUGACUUUGAGUUUAUUCAGAAUCCUGGAAUCUGCCGGUGGUAAGAUUUUGAUCGAUGGGAUCGAUAUUGCUACUCUCGGAUUACAUACUCUUCGUUCUAGACUUACUGUCAUUCCGCAGGAACCAAUUCUAUUUGCUGGCUCAUUACGAAUGAAUUUAGAUCCUUUUGGUGAUUAUUCCGAUGACGAGAUAUGGCGUGCGUUGGAGUUGGCUCAUCUAAAGUCGUAUGUUUUAAGUUUGAACGAUGCACUCAGAUACGAAAUCGCCGAAGGAGGUGAAAAUUUCAGCGUUGGCCAGAGACAGCUAAUUUGUUUGGCUAGGGCUGUAUUACGUAAGUCGAAGAUUUUAAUUCUGGAUGAAGCAACAGCUGCUGUUGAUUUAGAAACUGAUGAUUUAAUUCAAAACACGAUUCGAACCGAAUUUGUGGACUGUACUGUGUUGACGAUUGCUCAUCGAUUGAAUACUAUUAUGGAUUAUAAUAAAAUCAUUGUUCUCGAUAAAGGAAAUUUAGUGGAAUAUGACUCUCCGCAAAUUUUGUUGGAAAACAAGUCCUCAAUAUUCUAUGCAAUGGCUACCGAUGCUGGUUUAGUUUGAAGAUUUGGGGUAACUGAUGAAAAAACAAAUGUCGAUGAUUUUGUAAACUAAUAUUUUUGCAAAUGGAAAGCAAGAAGGAGGUGUUGAAUUUGGAUAUAUCUACAUGCGAUGAGAUGGUGAAAAUUUGAACUCGUGGUUGUGUUCUCUUCUUAUUUUAGGUACCUAUCAAUUUUUAUGAUUGAUUUAAGGUAGAUACCUACUUACCUAAUUUUAAUUAUCAAUUGUGAUAAUUUCCUAAUACUUGAAAAAUAAAUACUUUUUUAUGAA